UUUGUGGGCUAUCCGAUUGGGCUCAGUGUGGUAAAUUUGGAGUGAUCUCAUUCUUGAGUUAACCCAGCGAUCAAAUCCUGCAACUCCCGUGUAGUGACGUCCGAGAAUUCUUGUAAAGGAAAAUUACAAUUAGUAGACUAAAGGGUGCAUCUUACGAUCCCGUGCCAUAGGUUUACUGUGUCUAUCUCUCUUUCUCGCCCACCGUGUGAGAUCCGUGAGCGAAAGCGCUAUAAGAGUGUUGUUUUGAGCCGCCAGUGUCACGUAUCCUACCGCGAUAGACAGUUGAUUUUGGCCUCAGUGAAAAAUCACCACCAAAGGACACAGGAUUCUAAACACGCGACGAUGUUGACAAUGCGAUUACACGAUUCCACCACUGGCGGUGGAUUGACACAUACGUGUAUCUCACUGCUCCUGGUGUUGCUGGGAUCGCUAGCCAACAGUCCAGUAUUAGCACAACAGGGUCAGUUCCUUCGUUCGCCGUGUCCGAACGUGUUCUCCUACCGGCUGGACGAGGCCACCAACCAAGUGUUUGGCUAUGUCGAACUGCACGACCUGCAACCUUCUCAGAUGGUCAAACUAAACGUCGAUCUGUCGAUCGCUGUCGCCGUACCGCAGAACAACGUCGGCUCCAUCACGUUGAUCAAAUCGAAGGAACAAUCGAUCGCUGGUAUCGCGAGAAACGAACCGGUCCAGUAUCGAGUUAAUUUUCCCUUCAACAACGUCAUACCGAGCGUGCUGGCUAUCAGCGUGAAUGGCCAAACCAUCUGUACCGGUAGGAGAGUAACUGGCCAGAUAGUCACCACCAUCAAUCUGGAGCACUCGCUGUUCCCACAUACGCACCUUGUUACAAAUAACGAAAACCCAAUAAACACCAUCCCGUACUAUCCGGUGCAACAGCGGCCAACCAGACCACCGCAGCCCAUCGCAACGGAGCGGCCAAUUGUGGUGCAACCAGAACGUCCUGUGGUGGCUCCAACUCCCUCACAGGCCAGCACUUGUGGACAACCGGCAGCAGUGUACAACCGCCUCUCGAUCAACGGUGUCCGUACACCCAAGGGUCAGUUCCCGUGGGCUGUACCGAUCUUCGACACCGGUGUGCCAUCAAAGCCGAUUUACAUCUGCGGCAGUACGAUCAUCACCCAGCGGCACUUGGUGACGGCAGCUCACUGCAUGUACCAUCCUAACGAUGGUUCGCAACGGAGCGAAAAUGACCUGACGACAGUACCGGGCAUGUACAACAUCGAUAACUUCUUCGAGCAGGACCUGCAGGAGCGAGGAAUCGCGAAAAUAUUCAUCCACGAUGACUACUUCUACGAGGAAGGCGGCGUGACGGAUUCUGACCUCGCGGUGUUAAAGAUGGACCAGGCGAUCACGUACACUGAUCUGAUCCGUCCGAUCUGCUUGUGGAGCGAAAGUGACAAUCUGGAGCAGAUCGUCAACAUUAAGGGCUUUGUGUCGGGUUGGGGUAUUACCCAGAACGGUUCGUCCUCUUACCCAAGCUACGUGACGGCGACGGUCGUUGAUCGGCGGGAUUGUGCCCGCAAGUUGGACCGGUUCAUCUCGGCCACCGCGCGUUUGUUCUGUGCGGAUGGGCAUGGAUCGGUACCGUGUAGAGGUGAUUCUGGCAGUGGACUUGUCAUCAAGCGCGGAACGACGUAUUUCCUGCGAGGGAUCGUGUCUAUCGGCCAGUACGAUUUAGUAACACUCCAAUGUGACACCACUAAGUACGUCGUUUAUACGGACGUCGCACCAUAUCGUUACUGGUUAUCGAAGACCAUCAAAACGUAGUUUACACUGCUCGUCCAGCAUCCAGCCAUUGUGAACGAAUGCGAAAUCCUAGCGCCCAGCCAGGUAUCUCGUAUACCUGACACUUUAAUGACACUUUAAAGGUUGUGCGCAACCGACUGUGAGCCUUUAAACGAUCACCGGAUAUUGGCGAUCACACACGAGGUAAAAGGCAUAUCUAAGAGAUCCUUUUGCCAUCUGUAACUGAUAUUUUACAUAAAAAAAUCAUAUGAUAAAUAUUAAAUAAAAAGCUGAAUGGAGAACGUGAACGUAUAUUCCAGCACCAACUCAAGUCAAUAAUACAAAGAAAAUAAAUGGUAUAUGUCGUAGUAACUAGCUUUUAGAUCGUAUUAAAUUAGUGCAAUAAGCUUAUGCUCCAU